AAUAAUAAUAAGAAUAGAAACUAAAUUGAUGGUUUAGUAAAGUAGGAGCGAGCAGAUUAAUUAAAGAAAAACAAGGUUGAGCUAAGCAAUUUGGCUAAGAAGAAAGAAGAGUGAAAAUAUGACCGUGGUUGGUUGGUGAAUGAAUUUUAACUGGUGGAGGCAUGAGCUGGUGAGUAGUAGUGAGGUGAGGUCCCAAUGGGAAGACACAAUUUUUAGAUACAUACAUAAAUGAAUCCUCCUAUGUUUUUAUAAGAACCAAAUUUUGCUUCUUCUUUCAUUUCAAUUCAACUCAACUCAAAUAAGAACCAACUUAUCAUUCAUUCUUCUUUCUUCAUUAUAAAAGAAGAUACUCAUCUUCUCAGUUCUCUCAACUUCAAACAUUAUUACUUACUAAUUUCAAUUCAAUGGGUGAACAACAAGAACAAAUUGACGGUAACGUCCUUGCAGCCAAGUCUCUUGCUCAAUUCGGCGUCCAACACAUGUUCGGCGUCGUUGGAAUCCCAGUCACCUCACUCGCCACACGCGCCGUCUCUCUCGGCAUCCGUUUCAUUGCUUUCCACAACGAACAGUCCGCCGGUUACGCCGCCUCCGCUUACGGCUACCUAACCUCUCGUCCCGGAGUUUUUCUCACUGUCUCCGGUCCUGGUUGCGUCCACGGUCUAGCCGGUCUCUCUAACGCCGGCGCCAAUACAUGGCCUACCGUCAUGAUCUCCGGUUCAUGUAACCAAAACGACGCUGGUCGUGGCGAUUUCCAAGAACUCGAUCAGAUCGAAGCUGUUAAGCCUUUCACCAAAUUCGCAGUCAAAGCUACUCACAUCUCUCAAAUCCCUAAUUGCGUUGCACAGGUUCUCGAUCACGCUGUUUCGGGUCGACCUGGUGGUUGUUACUUGGAUCUUCCCACCGAUGUCUUGCAUCAGAAGGUUUCGCAAUCCGAAGCUGAAUCUCUUUUGAUCGAAGCAAAAGCACUGGCCGAGAAGAACAAGAAGAAUAACCGCGCAAACGUUGAAGCUUCCAAGAUCGAAGAAGCUAUUUCGCUUCUGAGACACGCCGAGAGGCCUUUGAUUGUGGUUGGGAAAGGAGCUGCUUAUGCUAGAGCAGAAGAUGAAUUGAAAAAACUGGUGGAAAGAACUGGAAUUCCGUUUCUUCCAACUCCCAUGGGGAAAGGUUUGUUGCCGGACGAUCAUUCCUUGGCUGCAACCGCUGCUAGGUCGCUUGCCAUCGGAAAAUGUGACGUGGCGAUUGUCAUUGGAGCGAGGCUGAAUUGGCUUCUUCAUUUCGGGGAACCUCCCAAAUGGUCAAAGGAUGUCAAGUUUAUAUUGGUGGAUGUGAGUAGUGAAGAAAUUGAGCUAAGAAAACCGUUUUUAGGUAUAGUUGGAGAUGCUAAACAAGUUUUGGAGAUUCUAAAUAGAGAGAUUAAGGAUGAUCCGUUUUGCUUGGGGAGCACUCAUCCAUGGGUGGAUGCUAUUGCCAAAAAAUCAAAGGAGAAUGCUUCUAAGAUGGAGGCUCAGUUGGCAAAGGACGUUGUGCCAUUUAAUUUUCUUACGCCAAUGAGGAUUAUAAGAGAUGCUAUUUUGGAAUUUGGAGGAAGUCCUGCUCCUGUGGUGGUUUCUGAAGGUGCUAAUACCAUGGAUGUCGGUCGAGCUGUGUUGGUUCAGAAGGAGCCAAGGACUAGGUUGGAUGCUGGCACUUGGGGGACUAUGGGGGUUGGUCUUGGUUAUUGUAUUGCGGCUGCGGUUGCUUAUCCUGAUCGCCUUGUGGUUGCCGUUGAAGGGGAUUCUGGAUAUGGAUUUAGUGCAAUGGAAGUUGAGACAUUGGUUAGGUACCAACUGCCAGUGGUGGCCAUUGUUUUCAACAAUGGUGGUGUAUAUGGUGGUGACCGUAGAAGCGCAGAAGAGAUAAAUGGACCUCACAAAGAGGAUCCCGCACCAACAUCCUUUGUUCCAAAUGCAGGGUACCACACUAUGAUGGAAGCUUUUGGUGGAAAGGGUUAUCUUGUUGGGACACCUGAUGAACUUAAGUCAGCUCUCUCUGAGUCCUUCUCUGCUAGGAAACCAGCCGUCAUAAAUGUUGUCAUUGAUCCCUAUGCUGGUUCUGAGAGUGGGAGGCUGCAACACAAGAAUUGAUCUCUCUUAUUCUUAUUGCUUGCCAAAUGAAUGAUAUGUAGCAUCCUUUCUUUUCAUUCAUUGUAAUUCGGUAUUUAGUUUUGCUUUUGAUUAUAUAUUGUACGUUUUUGUUUUCAGAAAACAGAAAAUGUAGAAAAAAAAUAAGCAUAAUAAAACCACACUAUCAAUUACUACUAAUAAAUAAAA